UUCCCUUCCUCGCUGGAGAGACGCCACAUCUGACAGGGAGGGAGAAUCAGACACCACCACAGGGCACAGUGACUACCGACAAGAUGCUGGCACUAAUAAACCGGCUUUUGGACUGGUUCAAGUCUCUGUUUUGGAAGGAGGAGAUGGAGCUGACGCUGGUCGGCCUCCAGUACUCGGGAAAAACAACAUUUGUAAACGUGAUCGCUUCAGGGCAUUUCAGUGAAGACAUGAUCCCUACAGUCGGGUUCAAUAUGAGGAAGGUCACCAAAGGAAACGUCACCAUCAAGAUCUGGGAUAUAGGAGGGCAGCCGAGGUUCAGGAGCAUGUGGGAGCGGUACUGUCGAGGAGUUAAUGCAAUCGUGUACAUGGUUGACGCAGCAGAUCGAGAAAAGGUGGAGGCAUCUAGAAACGAGCUUCAUAAUUUAUUAGACAAACCUCAGUUGCAAGGAAUUCCUGUUUUGGUACUCGGUAACAAAAGGGAUCUCCCCACUGCUCUAGAUGAAAAACAGCUCAUUGAGAAAAUGAAUUUGGCAGCUAUUCAGGACAGAGAGAUUUGCUGCUACUCCAUUUCCUGCAAAGAGAAAGACAACAUUGACAUCACACUUCAGUGGCUCAUCCAACACUCAAAAUCCAGGAGGAGCUGAAAACGCGGGAUUUAUUUUCCAGCUGUGUUUGCCAUGUUACUGUCAUGUCACACUCUCAUCACUCUGCCAUGAUGUAAAGUCGUAUCACACAUGCUGCUCUGUUCUGCUUGUGACACACAAGUUUGUUUUUUUUCCCCCCUUUUCACCUCGUGAUUCUUUAACAAACCCUGAGAAUGCACUCCUAAAAAUGUAAUUCUGAUACCAAAUUUAAGAAAUAUUAUUGGCAUUAUUUUUCCUGUAAAGCUGUUUUUUAAUUUGGAGUCAGAACCCUAAUUUACAGAUCUACAGUUUAUCAUUAAGGCAUUAUCCUGUUGAUCAUACCCAGCGGUUAAUAACACUAAUCUUGGGUAUACAUCAACAACACCCCUUUGAAUGAGGGUUAAAUCUGUCAAACAAGUCUCGAAUAACAAGAAAAGCUCUUCCCUUGGUCAGAUAUGAUACCAGAUUGCUGAUGUGGACGUACAGUUGUUCCCAUUUCUGUCAAGCUCUGCUCUGUGAUUGUCGUUGAUGACUCGAUCAGGUUUUCCUCCUUCAAAGACAUGUCUGUCGUUAGAGAAAACAUUUAAGCAAGUCAAUUGAUGCAGGUCUGUACAAAUAUCAAGCUAGUAUGAUUUUUACUGAUGUGAGAUGUGCGUGUAUGAAUAUAUGAUUCUAUUUAAAGUCUGAAUGUACUAAAAGUAAAGCUGUACGGGGUUGUGUGGUUCAUAUUGGCCUCUGUUGGUAAGUAGCCUCAGUGGACUGAUGUCGUCUGUGCUGCCUUCGAAGCUGAGAGAGUGGCAGAAAUAUAAAGUGCCUUGUGCAAUGUCUCUCACCUCUGAAGCAAAGCAGCAUGCAGGGUGUGCCUACCUGGGAAAAGUAAAAUGACCACUUCAAUAUAUACAAGAAAUAAAAAGGCAUGCUUUUUAAUUUA